CAGCACAAACGAGCCGUUGGGCAAUUCAAUUGCGUUUGUGUUUAUAACGGACACAUACAAUGCAAUCCAUCCUAUCAAGUUGCUCGUUGCCUGCGUUGCACCAGGAACGCAUUCUUAGCGGCCGGCGAGCCACCUGCAGCAAUUCUGCGACUUCUUUACCCGUUACUUUCCUUGGGUCACGCCCGCCUAUCUUACAAAGGGGCGGGCAUGGACUCGACUGUGCAGUGACCGCCGGCGCGGCGCGUGGUGCUGUGGUGGUGGUGGCUGCCGCAGGCCGACCGGCGCCAGGCGGAAAGCGAUCCGGGCCUCCAGGGAAGGGCUCGCCUGGAGGGCCCAAGGGCGCUAAGGGCAAGCCAUCAGGCUCCUCGGAUUCUUCGGCGAAGCCAAAGCCAAAGGCACCGGGCGGCGGGGCCACGAAGCCGCCGCAGCGGCAGCAGUCCUCAUCGUCCUCGAGCAGCAGCGCCAGUGGCGACGCCAGGCGCCCGGGGACCGGGGCCGCGGCGGCGGGCCUCAACUCCAAAAUGCCGCGGCCCGCCGGCGCUUCGGCUCCGCCGCCGCCACAGGCUGUGCAGCCGCCGUCAUCCGCCCUGUCUCGCCUGCCAGUGGCCAGACCCAUGACCCGGGGCUCCUCGCCGGCUGAGCUCAGCGCCUUUGCCGCCGCCAGGGACGCCGCUGACGCGGCAGAGGCCAGGGCGCGGAGAGGCAAGAGCUCUGGCACUGCUGAAGACUCCGCUUCUGACGGCUCGGCGUCAGCAGCAGCAGCAGUAGCAGGAGCUAGCGUGGUGGCGGCAGGCCCACUGCUCGGACGCCUGUUGAAUGCCAACACUUUGCCCCGGGAAGCUGCUGGUGCAGCUCCGGGCUCCGGUAGUGGCAAUGGCAGCAUUGGUGCGAGCGCCCUGGCACAGAAAGGCCUGGCGGGGCCAGGCGCAGCCUCCCGCCAGGUGCAGGAGGCGAAUGAUGAUGAGGACGAGGAGGAGGACGAGGGAAUGGACGAGCAGGAGGAGGGAGAGGACGGAGAGGAGGAGGAGGGUGACAGUGACGGGUUCCUGUUGGUGGCGGAUGAGGACGCGGGGGAGGAGGGCGGGGCGGACGACGUGGAAGGCGAGGACGAGGAGGAGGGCGAGAUGUUUCCGGAGAUACAGCUGAACCUGCCCCCGCCGACCAAGGUCAAGGUCAAGGCGGCAGAGUACAUGCAGAGCUGUGUGACUGUUGCGGACUGCCCGCCGCCGCGCUACCCUGAGUUUGCGGUGAUCGGCCGCAGCAAUGUGGGCAAGUCGUCGCUUAUCAACAUGAUUACCGGGCGCAAGGACUUGGCGCUGGUGUCCAAGGAGCCGGGCAAGACCAAGUGCAUCAACCACUUCAUAAUCAAUGAGAACUGGUACCUGGUGGACCUGCCCGGGUACGGCUUCGCCAAGGUGGGCUUCCAGGGCCGGCAGCAGUUCGACACCUUCACCAAGGAGUACUUCAACACGCGGCCCAACCUGGCCAUGGUACUCCUGCUGGUGGACGCGUCCAUCAAGCCGCAGCGCAUCGACCUGGAGUACGCCAACUGGCUCACCGACAACGAGGUGCCGUUCACCAUCGUGUUCACCAAGGCGGACAAGCGGCGCAAGGGCCUGACGGCGGCGGUGCGCGACAGCCACGUCACCGCCUUCAAGCGGGCUCUGCUGCAAGACCUUGCCUACCUGCCGCCCUCGCUGCUGACCUCCGCAGCCAAGGGGCUGGGCCGCGGCGAGCUGCUCAGCUUCAUCGCGGGGCUGCGGGUGGCGUACGAGCGCAGCGGGCGGCUGGAGGCCAUCAGGCAGGGCAUGAUCUGAGGCGGGGGGGGGGGGCUGUGGGUUUGGUGUCGAUGUGGAGGAGAACCCGAGGAGGCCAGCUUGGAGGAGGUGGCGGCGGCGGAGCGGCGGGGUGGAGGGGUGACAGUUGGAACGAUGGCUGUGUGUGGCAAAGCCAUACUGUAGACGUGUCGCGUGCUGGAUGCGUUGAGUUGGCGGCUUACGGUCAUGGCAAGGAGGAGACGCUGGUGCUGCUGUCGCAUUGUGUAGUGAGGAGUCACUUGAGAGGGUUGGAGCGGGCUCGGCAUCAUGCGGCUUGUGAUAGCUAGGGCCCAGUUAAAUACGCCACUUCAAUUUUGGGCUGAAAUAUCAAACUUACAUCGCCUGCAGCGUGCAACGGGGAAGCCUUUCUUACUCCUUAGCAGCAAACUCUGGCGAUAUCCCUCCUCCAUAUGUAAAGGUACAUGGAA